ACAAUUCAUGUGAUGAAAAACCGACUAAACAAAACAGAAAAAGACAGAGAGGAAACCAAGGAGAGAGGAGCGGGGACUGACUCUUGACCUCUGCAACCAAAGAGGCAUGAACCUGGUGUCACAGGCUUCAUCUGGACUUGGAUGGCAGAGAUGGAGCGUCUCACCGCCCCGGUAGCCACUGGCCACGACGACUGUGGCGCGCUGGAGAACGGGGCCUGCACAGCUGUGCGGCAGGCGAGUGACAUCACCUUCAGCGCCAACGUGGGCCCCGGCCCCGGCCUGCGCAGGAAGCAGCUGCUGUGGCAGAACGCCGUCAGGAACAUCAUCGACCAGCACAACCUGUACUCGCUGAGGCUAGCUGGAGGCCUGGAGAGAGGGAGGCACCGCAUCAUCGUCACCGACGCCUACAUCACAGACAUAAACAGGCAAAUCCGUAACAAAGCGUCUCGUGCCCUGUGGCAGAAGCGGCGCUCGUCCGCAGCCCGUGUCCACCCGCUGACACCGCGCAUGACUGCCCGCAGGAAGCAGCACUCGCUCAGCGACGGAGACUUCUUCGUGUCCUGCGGCUCAACGGUUCGAGGCGUCUUCAUUCCCACACUGCAGCACACCUUCAGGUCAUCGGACUUGGAGCAGCUGUACCAGGAGUUUUCCUCCGGUCAGAGACGAACCUCUCUGGUUGUCACCAGCGUCAUCGACAUCUUGACCCGCCUCCUCAUCUCUCUGCUGACGUGGCCUCCGGGCCGCGGCGGUGUCGCCUGUGACUGGCUCACUGGGCUGUUCGUGGUCCUGUGGGCAGCCAUCUGCCUGCUGGCUCUGACCAGGAGGGAGGUGAUGUUGUCACCAAAGUGGCUGAGGUACCUGUCGCUGCUGAGCUGGGUGUCUCAGACCGUCCAGGUGUUGGUGGGCGUCUUCAGUUGGGCUGAGAGCGAUCACACCUGGUACGUUUUCUUCACCCUGUUCUCCACCUACACGCUGCUGCCGCUCCCGCUGCUCUGGUCCAUCAUCGCUGGCACAACCACGUCCACGCUGCACCUGCUGGUGGACGUCUGCUGUCACUAUGGCGACCACACCUUCCUUCAAAAGGUCUUGUCCAAGGCCUUGCUGUACCUGGCCAUGAACACAGCAGGCCUGUUCAUCCACUACCUGUCAGAUCGGACCCAGAGACAGGCCUUUCUGGAGACCAGGCGUUGCAUAGAAGGACGUGCCCGGCUGGAGAGAGAGAACCAGAGACAGGAGCGUCUCUUGAUGUCCAUCCUCCCACGCUUCCUGGUUCUGGAGAUGAUCUCUGACAUGGCCGUCAUGGACGAAUACCUGCUGCCUCAGCAGUUCCACAAGAUCUACAUUCACCACUACAAAGAUGUCAGCAUCCUGUUCGCAGACAUCAUCGGCUUCACUUCCCUCUCACUGAUUCUGUCGGCUCAGGAACUAGUCAAGACUCUCAAUGAACUCUUUGGUCGGUUUGAUAAGCUGUCAGAGGAGCAUCAGUGUCUGCGUAUUAAGAUCCUGGGCGACUGUUAUUACUGUGUGUCUGGGGUCCCAGAGCCUCAGAGGGCACACGCUCGCUGCUGCGUCGAAAUGGGCCUGAGUAUGAUCAACACCAUACGGUAUGUUCGUCGGGAACUGCAGCAAGAGCUCGACAUGAGGAUCGGGGUCCACUCUGGGUCCGUGCUUUGUGGUGUGUUGGGGGUCCAGAAGUGGCAGUUUGACAUCUGGAGCUGGGACGUGGACAUCGCUAACAGUCUGGAAGCUGCAGGAACGCCAGGGCGGAUCCAUAUCUCUCGGGCAACUCUGGACUGUCUUGGUGGGAUUUACGAGACAGAGGUGGGACACGGCCAGGAACGCAGCGAGUUCCUACGCAAACACAACAUUGACACGUUCCUGAUCCGGCCCGUGCUGAAGGAGGAGGCCGAGCCCCCUAAAGCCAGACGACCCAGCUAUGACGAGAUGACCACCUGGAGCGCAGAGCUGCCCUUUGGAGACGUCCUGGGCAUGAACUUUAUCCUCGCCACCUUCACCAAUGGCUCGCUCACUCAACUGCCCAACCAGCUCUCAGCUCAGCGGUCCGGCUCGCGGGAAGUCAACAAGAGGAUUCGAGAGGCCAUGGAAGUACGAAGCAGUGAGCGAAUGAGAAAGGAGCACAUCACCUCCUUCACUCAGGUGUUCAAGGACUCACAUAUGGAGGGAAAGUACUCCCAAAUGAGAGAUGAACUCUUCAAGUCCAACAUGAUGUGUUCCUUUAUCCUGCUGCUGCUGCUGAUGACUGUCCAAGUGCUGAUCCCCGCUCCCAGGUUGUGUCCCAUGAUCGUCCAGUUUGUUAUCAGUGGCAGCGUUUACUCCCUGCUCCUCACAUUGAGCCUGGCUGAGGAGUUCAAGUGCUGUCCAGCUGCUCUUCAGUCUCUCUGUUGUUGGAUCCAUGAGACCAAGAGUGCUCGGACGCUCCUCACGCUUACUGCCAUCACCGUCAACUUCACAGUCGCCUCCUCAGACAUUGUAAGUCUUCACUAUAAAGUCAGUAACACAAACAGAGGCAACACGCCGCUAAAAUUUCACCGUCUCUGGCGGUAUUGUUGUUGUUUUUGUUUGAUUGUCCAGGUGUGGUGUGAUCCUUCAGAAACUCCGCCCACCUCCACCAACAUCUGUACACACCCGGAGUACAUGGUGCUGAGUGGCGUGGUUGCCAUGGUUACCUGCGUGGUGUUCCUCAGGCUGAGUUGCAUGUUGAAGCUGGCUGUGCUCCUAUUAGCUGCUGCCCUCUACACCUACCUCAUAGAGACAUACAGGUCGCAUCACUUGUGCAGGAAGGGAGUUUGUGUUGUUCUCAUGGUGAUGUUUGUAAUUGCUGUCCUCUAUAACAGCAGACAGCUGGAGGCAACAGCCCGCCUAGACUUCCUGUGGCGUCUCCAAGCCAGAAAGGAGGUGGAGGACAUGAAGGAGCUGAGGGAGCACAACGAGUGUCUGCUGCUCAACAUCCUGCCGGCUCACGUCGCACAGCAUUUCCUGGAGCGAGAGCGCGACAAUGAGGAGCUGUACUCGCAGUCAUACGAGCGCGUUGGCGUCCUCUUUGCCUCCUUGCCAGGUUUCUCUGACUUCUAUGAGCAACAGGAGCUGGUUCAUCAGCAUGUUGAAUGCCUUCGCCUCCUCAACCACAUCAUCACCGACUUUGACGAGCUGCUGGAUGAGUGUUACUUUCAGGAGGUGGAGAAAAUUAAAACCAUUGGGAGUUCGUACAUGGCAGCUUCAGGUCUGUCUCCCGACAGACAGGACUGUGAGGACAACUGGCAUCAUCUCAGUGAGUUGGUUCUGUUUGCCCUGGCCAUGCAGGAAACACUCAAACACAUCAACAUCCAAACAGGAAACAACUUCCAGCUCCGCGUUGGUAUCGCUCAUGGUCCAGUGGUGGCCGGUGUGAUUGGUUCCACCAAACCUCAGUACGACAUCUGGGGGACGACGGUGAACAUGGCGAGCAGGAUGGAGAGCACAGGGGUCAGUGGAAAGAUCCAGAUCCCAGAGUCCACCAGCUGCAUCCUAGUUGAGCGCGGCUUUCUACGGCAGCUGAGAGGGAACAUUUAUGUCAAAGGCAUCAGUGAACGCCACGGGAAGCUCCGUACUUACUUCGUGAGCAGUCGGGAGGAGCGGUCCAGCUUCAUUGAGCGUGGAGGAGGGCGAGGCUUCACUCUCAACAGGAACACACUGGGAGCUGUGGUCUACAGUCUGGUCCAGGCCAGGAAGAGAGAAAGGCUGAGGGAGGAGAACGGAGGCUUUCACCUGGUGGAGGCAUCAUAGUAGCAUCUACUGUACAACAACAGAGGCCAUGAGGUCAAAGGGCUUGAAAAGUUCAAACACAAGCUACUGGACCAGCAGCCUCACAACAAACUCAGUAGAGCUGGUUAUGCUGCUCAUAAUGGAGCUACAGUACUACUACUAUUACAUACAGUAAUGGAUCCACCACAGCCUCUGUGAAGUCAUUAACAUCAAAUCAUCCUCUACACGCUGGCGAUUUUCUGGUCUAUGAUGAAGAAAUAGUAAAAUCACAUGAAUGUCUACAAUUUGUUAAUGUGAUUUUUUUACAUUCCAGCUUUGUAUUUACUUAGUUCUAAAUUUAACUUUAACUGAUGUGGUCAAUGAAGAAAAAAUUCCCUCAGUCACUCAACAUUAUAUUACUGCUCAGUUUUUUUGAUGUUCAUUAAUAAAAAACAACAGAUUAAAUGUUUUACACUAUUAAAAAACAAUUAACAAUAAUCAAUAACAAAGCUUUUUUCAAAAGAAAAAAAGAAAAGAUUUCAUCUGCACCAUUGUGCACAUUCAUUUAAACUGGUCCCUUGUGUUGGUGACAAUCAUGUCUUUAUGCAGCAGGAAUUUCACACUAAACGAAGCGUGUCUGUAAAAUCCAAACCGCUUAUGAAGGUUUUCCGCUUCAUGUAUAUAUCAAUCAGGUGAAAUGUCUAGGAUCACAUGAACCAGUUACUGAGACUAACGUGAUAUAAUGUUAAAGAAAUGCAGCAUGACACAUCAUU